UCCGUACUACAACUCCCACAAUGCACCGGGUCUCGCCCUUCAACGCUCUAAUGCAAGUCUGACAGCAGCACCACUCGCACUCAAACUCGUGAAAUGCGCAAGUAAAUCAGCUUAAAGUCGCGGAAAAUGAAAUAAAAUGUGUUUAAACGAAUCUCCUGCAAAACUGUGUCGCCUGCAGGCGCGCUUUAGUUUGACGCGAGCGGGUUUGUAGUGUGGAUGGUGACUGACUGGCUGCCUGCUGUAUGUGAGUGGAUGGUGACUGGAGUUUAUCACUUCAUCAUAUGUUUGUUUAUGAGCUUAGAAGACCAGCAGCAUAGGAAUGUUUGAGCACAUCGUCACCAGAUUCCGUUAAAGUCGGUGUUAUUCUCGUGAAUUUACCCAGAGAGCUACAAUAGGUGCUGUCCGACAGUCAGGUUUGUUGUGUGUGUGUGUGUGUGCUUGCUGGGCCUGCCAGCCCACUCUGCGUUGGCGUCUAUGAAUGGAUCAGGUUGGAAUGGGGAACGCAGAACACCAGGGGGCGCUGUCAAAGGGCGAAGUGCUGCCAUUCCCUGCCUCCAGCCAAUCAGAGGGUUUUAAUCAGGGUCACACAGUCUUGAACUCUCUACUCUCGGGGGCGUUUGCAGGAGCCGUGGCCAAAACAUCCAUCGCCCCGCUGGACCGAACCAAGAUUAUCUUCCAAGUGUCGUCAAAUAGAUUCUCUGCUAAGGAGGCGUACAGGUUGAUUUACCGAACGUAUCUGAAGGAUGGCUUCUUCAGUCUGUGGAGGGGAAACUCGGCCACGAUGGUGCGAGUUAUUCCAUACGCAGCCAUCCAGUUCUGCGGUCAUGAACAAUACAAGAGGAUUCUGGGACAGUAUUACGGCUUCCAGGGCAAAGCUCUGCCUCCUGUGCCGCGGCUGCUGGCCGGUUCGCUGGCAGGAACCACAGCUACCAUGAUCACAUAUCCUCUGGACAUGGUCCGAGCUCGCAUGGCCGUCACACCCAAAGAGAUGUACAGUAACAUCCUGCAGGUGUUCGUCCGAAUCUCUCGUGAAGAGGGGCUUCAGACGCUCUACAAAGGCUUCACUCCCACAAUCCUCGGCAUCAUGCCGUACGCGGGACUCAGCUUCUUCACCUACGAGACCUUCAAGAAAAUCCACUCUGAGCACACGGGCCGCUCUCAGCCGUUCUCGUACGAGCGUCUGGCGUUCGGUGCAUGCGCAGGAUUGAUCGGUCAGUCGGCCUCUUACCCGCUGGACGUGGUGCGCAGACGCAUGCAGACGGCGGGGGUCACUGGACGCACCUACAGCAGCAUCUCGGGCACCAUACGGGACAUCGUGAGGGAGGAGGGCGUGAUCCGUGGCCUCUACAAGGGCCUGAGCAUGAACUGGGUCAAAGGGCCCAUCGCUGUCGGCAUCAGCUUCAUGACCUUUGACCUCAUGCAGGUCCUGCUGAGCAAACUUCAGCAGUUCAACCACAGCGCGCGGUAGCUAAAAAACAACAUUUUAUAGCUUUUUUGUUUUUAACCUGAGCAAAUGCUGCCAGUGAGGAGGACGGGAAAUGCCUGGGGUUAUUUGACUAGUUUAAAGUUCUGUUUUACGAUGCAAAAACAUCAUAUGCACAGCAAAUAUAAUGGUAGUUUAGUCUUGUUUUCCAAUACAGAUGUAUAAACAUUUUUAAAUUAAGAUGCAUUUACUUGAGAAUCAGAAUUUCUCAAAAUGAGAUGAGUUUACGCUUCAAACAAGAAGAACAAAUAUCUGCCAAAAGGGUCAGAAACAAGUUCUUACUUCAAAGUGAGAGCUAAAUAAUUUUUCUUACUCCACUGGCACGUGUUUAUUCUUGUUUUACUUCAUUUUGAUGAAUUAUUAAAAAAACAAUUGUGCAUCUUUUUGCAUGUAUCUUGUUUUAAUAGUGUUUCGAAUUUGUACGGGAAAGCAAGACAAGAACACUGGUCAAGAAGCUGAUUUCUGCGGGGUGUGUUUGGUACAGAGACGCGCUGAAUGUUCAUCUCUCCACACAUGCAUUUUGAGUUUACAGCUGUGUGUGUGUGUGUGUGUGUCUGUGUGUGUGUGUGUGUGUGUGUGUGUGUGCAGCAUCUUGCACAUAUAUGAAUCUGUGGCUGGAGAGAGAAAGCAGAUGCAUACACAUAAACAAAUAAACCAAUAACAAUGUUACUGACUGCUGUAACUAACCAAUGAUCAACUAGUUGUUCAGAUUAUAAAAAAAAAAAAAAAAAAGUUAGGUCUUUAAUCAUUGUCAUGUUUGUUCAUUUACUGAGAUGAGCAGUUAUAAAAUACACCAUUACUCACAGUGACUGUAUUACAUUAUUGAUACAGUAUUGAUUCAGUGAGGAAUAUUCAUUCAUUACAAAUGUGUCAGAAUCUGACCUGUUUUACAUUUUAAACUGAACAAACCAGUUUGCAUAUCUUUCUUUAUAACAAAUAACAUUUAUUUGGCUAUUUUCUCAUCUCAUUUAGUGGCAUUCAGACAUUUUAAAUGUUUUAAGACACUUCUUGUGGACGUCGUAUUUACUCAUGACUCAUUUCUGAACGAACUAAGACCCAUACUAACCUGAAAAUCGCAGAAAAGCAUAAUGAUUGUCAUCCAGAUGGCAUUUAAAAUGUUGUAAAUGGCAUUAAAUGCACUGUAAACGUUAACCAACAUCCCAGGCAUCGAAUGAACCGCUGAUUCAAUUGAUUCGACUCAAAGAUUCAAUGUUUCGAGUCACGGGUGAUCUGCUUGUUCAUUGGAGAUUCAGUUCUGGACCCUGUCAGUGUUUGACAGCAGAUUUCAUGUUUAUUGAAAUGUUUCGGUGCAGAAUCGUUUGCUGGUGGGAUUCAUUGUGGAGUUCGUUACAAAAUGAUUCGUGUUAAAGUGAUUCAUUCUCUCGGGUUCAAAGGAAUCGAACAAAUCUCUCACUGAAAUGACUCGUUUGGAAGAGUCUUGAGUCAAGACUAUUGUUUGUUAAUUUAAAUGAUUCGUGGCAAAUGAAUGUAUAUUAAACUAAUGACACUGUAA